UUUGUCACAAAUGCAGAGCUCGUCUGUCAUCAGAGCACUCACACAGGAGAGAAACUGUCCUCAUGUUCUGAAUGUGGAAAAGGUUUUGGGCAACAUUCAAAUCUUCUUAGACAUCAGAGAACUCACACAGGAGAGAAACCGUUCUCAUGUUCUGAAUGUGGAAAAUGUUUUGGGUGGCAAUCUCAACUUGUCCGUCAUCAGAGAACACACACAGGAGAGAAACCAUUCUCGUGUUCUGAAUGUGGAAAAUGUUUUGUCAAUAAAGCAGAUCUUGUUAUUCAUCAGAGAACUCACACAGGAGAGAAACCGUUCACAUGUUCUGAAUGUGGAAAAUGUUUUGGGCGACAAUCACAUCUUGUCCGUCAUCAGAGAACACACACAGGAGAGAAACCGUUCUCAUGUUCUGAAUGUGGAAAUUGUUUUGGGCAAUAUUCACAUCUUGUCAGUCAUCAGAGAACACACACAGGAGAGAAACCGUUCACAUGUUCUGAAUGUGGAAAAUGUUUUGGGCGACAAUCACGACUUGUCAUUCAUCAGAGAACUCACACAGGAGAGAAACCGUUCACAUGUUCUGAAUGUGGAAAAUGUUUUGUCACAAAGGCAGAGCUCGUCUGUCAUCAGAGAACUCAAACAGGAGAGAAAUCGUUCUCAUGUUCUGAAUGUGGAAAAUGUUUUGGGCGACAAUCACAUCUUGUCCGUCAUCAGAGAACUCACACAGGAGAGAAACCGUUCUCAUGUUCUGAAUGUGGAAAAUGUUUUGGGCGACAAUCACAGCUUGUCCGUCAUCAGAGAACACACACAGGAGAGAAACCGUUCUCAUGUUCUGAAUGUGGAAAAUGUUUUGGGCGACAAUCACAUCUUGUCAGUCAUCAGAGAACACACACAGGAGAGAAACCGUUCUCAUGUUCUGAAUGUGGAAAAUGUUUUGGGCGACAAUCACAUCUUGUCUGUCAUCAGAGAACACACACAGGAGAGAAACCGUUCUCAUGUUCUGAAUGUGGAAAAUGUUUUAGUAGAAAUGCAGAGCUUGUCCGUCAUCAGAGAACACACGCAGGAGAGAAACCGUUCUCAUGUUCUGAAUGUGGAAAAUGUUUUAGUAGAAAUGCAGAGCUUGUCCGUCAUCAGAGAACUCACACAGGAGAGAAACCGUUUUCGUGUUCUGAAUGUAAAAAAUGUUUUAGUACAAAUGCAGAGCUUGUCCGUCAUCAGAGAACUCACACAGGAGAGAAACCGUUCUCAUGUUCUGAAUGUACAUUUUUUUUUCGCACAAAUGCAAAGCUCGUCAGUCAUCAGAGAACUCACACAGGAGAGAAGCCUUCCUUAUGUAGUAAAUGUGGGAAAUGUUUUGCCAGUAAAUCAGAGCUUGUCAGUCAUCAAAGAACUCACACAGGUGAGGUGAUUUUAGCUUGUUGGGACUCCCGCGUGGAUAAGUCUGAUCGCAAAGCGGUGGUUGCCGAAACCUGGUGUGCAGACUUUGCGAUGGCUGGACCUGACAAGGCUAUGAAGAAAUCUAUUAAUAACAGAACCAAGUCUAACUCUAAAAAAUCAAGUAUUUUGUCAGAUUCCUGUAUGUUCUCAAAGGAGAUGGUAAACAUAAACCCCAAACCUUUAUCGUCUUCUGAAUGUGAGAAAUCUUUUGUCACAAAUGCAGAGCUCGUCUGUCAUCAGAGAACUCACACAGGAGAGAAACCGUUCACAUGUUCUGAAUGUGGAAAAGGUUUUGGGCAACAUACACAUCUUCUUAGACAUCAGAGAACUCACACAGGAGAGAAACCGUUCUCAUGUUCUGAAUAUAAAAAAUGUUUUAAUACAAAUGCAGAGCUCGUCUGUCAUCAGAGAACUCACACAGGAGAGAAACCGUUCUCAUGUUCUGAAUGUGGAAAAUGCUUUGGGCGACAAUCACAUCUUGUCAGUCAUCAGAGAACACACACAGGAGAGAAACCGUUCUCAUGUUCUGAAUGUGGUAAAUGUUUUAGUACAAAUGCAGAGCUUGUCCGUCAUCAGAGAACUCACACAGGAGAGAAACCGUUCUCAUGUUCUGAAUGUGGAAAAUGUUUUGUCACAAAUGCAGAGCUCGUCUGUCAUCAGAGAACUCACACAGGAGAGAAACCAUUCUCGUGUUCUGAAUGUGGAAAAUGUUUUGUCAAUAAAGCAGAUCUUGUCCGUCAUCAGAGAACUCACACAGGAGAGAAACCAUUCUCAUGUUCCGUAUGUGGAAAUUGUUUUGGGCAGCAUUCAAAUCUUGUCCGUCAUCAGAGAACUCACACAGGAGAGAAACCGUUCUCAUGUUCUGUAUGUAAAAAAUGUUUUCGUACAAAUGCAGAGCUUGUCCGUCAUCAGAGAACUCACACAGGAGAGAAGCCUUUCUUAUGUAGUAAAUGUGGGAAAUGUUUUGCCAGUAAAUCAGAGCUUGUCAGUCAUCAAACAACUCACACAGGUGAGGUGAUUUUAUAAUGCAUCUAUGGAUUAACAUAAGAAUAAAAUAUCUUG